UUUUUGAUAGUACUAAUUUUAAGACAAUUUGUUGUUGGAGAAGAAAAUAAAACGUGUUUUAGUUCAGUAACACAAAAUGGACAAAUUAUUACUGAAGUAUUAAAAAAUAACACUUGUUCUGAAUUUCGAACAUUAAAAGAUAUAAAAUGGCAACCACAUAAAUCGGGUAAGGAUGGUGUUACAGGAAAAAAUUGUGAUGCAAGUUAUAAUCUAACUGAAAAUACAUUAACAAUUAUCGGAUCAAAAGAUACAAAUGAAGCUUUUUCUGUUAUUAGAGUUGAUAGAAAAAGUAAUUAUCGUGUAAAAUUGGGGGAGAACGAAUGCAAUUUUAAUCGCACAUUAUUACCAAACAUAAAAAUAACAAAUUAUACAUGUACUGAGAAUGGCAAUUUAUUUAAUUUUUCAUAUAAUAAUUGUAUCUCAUGUGAUAACUCUGAUCACUUGCCGAAUAUUAUUAUAAGUUAUAUAAACGGUACAUCUGGAAAAGUAAAGUGUAAUGGUACGACGACAGCAAGUUUAUUGCAUGUGAAACAGAUUGUUUAUCAAAAUAAUAUUUGUGAUAAUGAAACAUUGAAUUUUACAAAAAAAAUUACCAUUUCCUUUACAAAUAUAUCUAAGGACGGACAAGGACACGUACAAGGAUUUGAGUUAGUCAACAAUUGUAGUUGGAAUGAGUCGUCAAUAUCAACUUCUUUAUCUUCAACUAGCAAAAUCCUAACUAUAUCGUCAAAAUCAACUACCCUAUCCUCAACAAGUAAAAUCCCAACUAAGUCGUCAAAAUCAACAAACCCAUCCUCAACUAGCAAAAUCCCAACUAUGUCAACAUCAACUACUCUGUCCUCAACUAGCAAAAUCCCAACUAAGUCGUCAAAAUCAACAAACCCAUCCUCAACUAGCAAAAUCCCAACUAUGUCAUCAUCAACUACUCGGUCCUCAAUUAGCAAAAUUAAGCCAAAUUCAUCAAAUAUUCAACCGGCAACGAACACAGAAGAAGGAUUAAUUUGUUUUAAAGGUAAAAUUGGGCAAAAUGUUAAAGAAUUACAAAUCGAGUGUCCUGAAUUUAAACAAUUAGAGAAAAUAAAUUGGAAACUCUCUGAUUCAACUAAAGGACUUGAGGCAAAGUAUUGUGUAGAUGAAAACAUAUUGAAAAUUAAAUAUACAAAACAAACUACAGACAAUUUUUCUGUUAUUAGGACAAAUAACAACAGUAAUUAUAAAUUAAAAAUUGGGCAACUAUCAGUCAAUUUUACCCGUACAUUAAUUCCCAUUAUAAAAAUAAUAAAUUAUGAAAAAAUAAAUGGAAAACUAAACUUUUCUUAUAAUAAUUGUAUAACGUUUAAUGAUACUCCGAAUAUUUUUAUAUCUUAUAAUCAGAAACCGAAUGAAACUAAACCAUGCGAAACUAAAGAAAUAAUCAUGACCGACGUUAGAGAAAUUGUAUUUCAGAACACAAUUUGUCCAGAUCAAGAUUGUUUAAAAACUAAAAAAAUUACGUGCAAAAAUAACCACUGCGAUACGUCGCAUGUUAUGAAUAAUAAUAAUUUGUCAAUCGAUAUCUCCAGGAAACCUGUACAAACCUCUAGGUCAAUUGAGAUAAAGACAACUAAGCCUGUACAAACCUCUAGAUCAAUCGAGGAAGAGACAACAGCAUCAAGCAAAACAAAUUGGAUUAUAUACUUAACUGCAACAAUUGUGUGCACGGUAGUUUUAUUGGCAACCGUUGGAUGUUAUUUAAUUGUAAAAAGACGAAACCAACCUAAAAUUGAUUACUAUUAUAAGCAGUUAAAACCAUUACCACCUAUUAAUGAAGAUCUGGUAUGCUCCACGAUCGAUCGUAAAAAUGGAUCCAUAAAAUUGUCACAGGUGACGAAGUACUUAAAAGAUUGCAUAGAUAAGGAUGUUUUUUCAGUUAAAAGUCGUCUUUCUAAACAAUUUGAACAAGCUAAACAACUGUUACCAACAAAUGCAGAUAAUUCAAGUUUAAACUAUAUAGAUGGAUAUAAAACACGAAACUCAUUUGUAAUAUUACAUUUGCCAACCGAAGAAACCAUAGAUAAAUUCGAAGAAAUUAUACAAUCCGAAAAUGUAUCCGUUGUAGUUACUAUAAUUAAUAAUAAUGAAUCAGUGUACCAUUUCUGGGAAAGUUUGUAUGCGAAUUUACCUAAUUGCCUAGGAAUCUCUGAGCAAGGGAUGACUCUAAAUGAUACGACAUUCAGACAUAUAUUGUUUGUUUUCGACAAUGUGUUCACCGCUGAUUUUAUUCCAUUAGUAACCAAACUAUUGACAAUAAAUUUAAAGACGAAUAAAAUCUUAAUCAGUUCCACUGCUGAAUCCAGCAUUGCUUCUGCUUUGGUGCUAACUGAUACAAUUUUAAGAAAAGCCUCGGAGCAAGGUACUUUUGAUUUUUACGAUACCUUAUGCAGUUAUUAUGAGAAUGGCCAGAAAAUUUUACAAAAUUUGUUUGAAUACAUUUUCGCCCACAUCUUGGUGAAUGACUGUUUGACUAGAGGAAACUUUAUAAUAUACGAAAAUUACGAAGCUAACAUAAAGACAACACUAAGGAAAAUGGGAUUGACGUCUCUAAUAGAGUUUACAGAUCAAAUACAUCUAUUUGAUACAGUUGCUUUAUCAAUUAGCCAACAUUGGUUUAAGAAAGAAAACAGCACUAAAUUUAUUAAAUAUUACAACAAUAUGCGGAAAUUUAGCAUUAAAAAGGUUCCUGCCGAUAUUGAUUCAGAGAAAUUUUGGAUAUUGCUUUAUAAAUCAACUAACUACUUGAUUUGUCCAAAUGAAUUAGACGGCCGAGAGACUUGUAAAUUUUGGACAAGUAUUCAAGCUCAUGAACAUAUUUUUAAAGAAAUAACUGUAACUGCUGAGUUCAUCUCCGAAACAAAUCAAUUAAAAACAAUAAACCUACACUUAAGGCAAACUGCCUUACAGGAAACAAAAGUCGUAUCUGUCUUGUUGUUGAAAAAUUGGAACCAUACUUCCGAGCUGCCCAAUGAUAAGAAUCUACUCGUUUCUGCAUGGAAAGAAGUCAUGACUAAAACUAAAUUACAAGAUAGAAUUGUUGUCACAUAUUGUGGCAAUCAAGGCUCGGCAGGACUAUUUAUAGCAUCGUGUUUCAUUUUGGAUAAAUUAAAAGUGGAACAAAUAGUUGAUGUACCUCUAGCAAUUAGAUCUUUGAGGUUGACACAUCCGAAUUUAAUAAGAGGAUGGUCUUCAAUCGAAUACUUAUAUGAUAUCGUCUGCCGUUAUAAUAAUUUAUAAAAUGUUUCUUAAAUCGUAUAGUUUUUAACCUAAGAAUUUAGAUAAUAUAUAUAUAUAUAUAUAUAUAUAUAUAUAUAUAU